ACGGGGUCGUAGACGGUGCAAAUGAUGAGGAGAGCGAGGAUGGGGAUGAUGAUAGUAGUGACAGUGACGAGGAUGAAAACGACGAGGAGAUCGUUGUCAAGCCUAGAGCUGCGAGUACGCUCCCCGCGCCUACCACAUCGGCAUACCCAGCCGUCGCCAAACCCACCAAAAAGAACUCGGUUCUUCCAGUUACUACCCCUGCUGCACCUACUUCAACUCCAGUAACAUCAGCCACACCCAAAGAGUCCGUCGUCCCGCCAGAAGAUGAGACCAUUGAAACUCGUGGCGGAAAAGGAAAGGGAGAAGAAGGAGAAGCGGGAAACUGCCAAACAGAAAGCUGCAGUGGGAAAGCAGGAUGAGGAUGUGGAUAUGGAGUCGGUCGAGUCGGACAGCAAAUCAGAGUCGGACGACGAGGAGGAAGAGGACGGCUCGUCGAGCUCAUCAUCUGGCUCGGAGAGCGACGCAGAAUCUUCGUCAUCUGCAUCGUCGAAUCAAUCCCAAACGUCCAUCAAUCCGGACGGAAUCCCAUCUUUCCCCCUACCACAAGCCCCGGCCAAACCGUCCCAAACCCUGCUUUCCCGGCAAGGUCUCCCGUCAGCGUUGAGAGACGCCGUUCUAGUACAAGAAGACGACAAGGUCAAGCUGGACGAGAUCAAACUGCUCUCACGGCGUAAACGCCGGGCAGGUGACCCGGACGCAGCAGAAGGAGAACGUCUGGGAGACCGGAUCAAAGAGAGGUUACGACACUUGGGGAUCGAAGAUUUCUUCGCAGUUCAGACGGCGCUCAUCCCAGAGUUGGCGUCGUUGCCGCUGGUACCCUUUGCAGGGGAGAUGUUGAACGAUUUCUUGGUGUCGGCACCGACGGGAAGUGGGAAGACUUUGGCUUAUGGUGUUCCCGUCGUCGAGGUGUUGAGUCGACGGAUAGUGACGAGGUUGCGAGCAUUGAUCAUUCUGCCAACUAGGGAUCUGGUCAUGCAAGUGAGGGAGACGAUAGAAGAAUUGGCAAAAGGCAGUGGACUCAAGAUCGGUACUGCGACCGGUCAGCAUUCUUUUGCGCAAGAGCAGACGGCACUGGUGGGCAACACCAAAGACAAGCUAUUGGGCGGUUCUUCCAAGGUGGACAUCUUGAUCGCGACGCCGGGAAGGUUGAUGGAUCAUUUACGGGACACGCCAAAUUUUUCUUUGCAGCAUCUGCGCUUCUUGGUCAUCGAUGAAGCCGAUCGACUGUUAACCCAAUCAUUCCAGGACUGGUUGAACCAGGUUUUGACCCACUUGAAACCACCAGGAAAGGCCGACUCGAUGGAUGUCUCCCUGGAUGCUAGGCUGUCGAAAGGGCACGACGCAGUAGCACCGAGUUGGUACGACGAUCUAGGACUGGGACAAGGGGAUUGGGAAGGCAAGAGACCUUUGAAGAACUCGUGUCAAAAACUCUUGUUCUCUGCAACAUUAACUCGAGAUCCAGGCAAGAUCGCAGCUUUACAUUUGACGAGCCCGAAAUACUUCAUCGUGGGGUCCGGCAAGACCGAUGCUAUCGAAGCCUCAGCGGAUGCGACUGGCCAGCAGUUCGCCAUCCCUACCUCUCUGACAGAGCGAAUGAUCGUCCUACCACCCGACCUGAAACCCUUGAACUUGUUGCAUCUCCUUCAUACCCCACAAUCCGAGAUCACGUCGGCACUGUGCUUUACGAAAUCCGUCGACUCGACCGAACGAUUACUACGCCUGAUCGCGUUCUUCGAAGACGCAUACACGGCAGGAAAGAGGAUCGUCGCCAAGGCCUAUUCAGGAGAGCUAGACACGAGCGUGAGAAGAAAGCUACUGGCAGAAUUUUCCAAAGGCGAGAUCGAUCUAUUGAUCUGUUCGGAUUUGAUCGCUCGAGGUAUCGAUCUGCCAAGUGUAUCGCAUGUCAUCUCCUAUGAUGCCCCGGUGGACAUGCGGAAAUACGUGCAUCGAGUCGGUCGAACCGCAAGAGCCGGUAAAGAAGGUACCGCGUGGACACUGGUCGAGAAGCAAGAGGCGAGGCACUUUAAACAAAUGCUAUCACAAGCGAACCACCUCGACCGAGUCAAGAAGAUCAAGGUCAAGGAGACGGAUCUAUCCGCGUUGCGGGACAGCUAUGACAUUGCGUUGACAAGACUCAAGGCGGUCUACACCAAAGGGCAGUAGUCUGAUGCAACGGCCGUCGAGGUUGUACAUAGACAUAUAGGCAGACAGUUGCUCGAUUUCAGAUGCAAUCGAUCCGCAUGUUCUUUGAUGCUGCAGGCGUUGCCAAGCAUGUUGCCCGUCAUGAUGAAACCCUGGACGGUCCUUUCUCUACCUGACAUUUAUAUCGAUCGCGACGUGAAUCGAGCAUCCCUCAACCUUGACAUGAUGUCCUAAAGCCUACUAGCCUACCUACAUAUGAC